AUGGAGUCUGUUCUCAAGCAAUACUUUGGGUUUUCCACAUUUCGUCCAUAUCAGAGAGAAAUUGUGGAAAAAAUAGUCGACGGAAGGGACUGCUUGGUGGUCAUGUCCACCGGGAGCGGCAAGUCACUCUGCUAUCAAUUGCCCCCAUUGAUCACCAAGAAGACUGCUGUAAUCAUUAGCCCUCUCAUAUCAUUAAUGCAAGACCAGGUUAUGGCUCUGAAGGAAAGGGGAAUUCGAACUGAGCAUCUUUCUAGUGCUCAAAAUGCUUCUAAUGUACAAAGCAUUGCUGAGAGGGGCCAAUAUGACAUUCUGUACAUGACCCCAGAAAAGGCUUGUUUGCUUCCUUCCAGCUUCUGGGCUAAAAUGCAAGAAACAGGAAUAUGUCUCUUGGCUGUUGAUGAAGCACACUGUAUAUCGGAGUGGGGCCAUGAUUUCAGGGUUGAGUACAAAAGGUUAGACAGGCUACGCAACGUACUUCAAAAUGUUCCUUUUAUAGGCUUAACUGCGACAGCCACAGAGAAGGUUCGCCUCGAUAUAAUCAGUUCCUUGAAGAUGAGGGAUCCCUACGUGGCAGUUGGCUCUUUUGAUCGCCAAAAUCUAUUUUAUGGCGUUAAACCUUUCAACCACAGUUUAGCUUUUAUGGAUGAGCUUGUGGAAGAUCUCAAUAAGUAUGCUCAGAGUGCAAGCUCGACUAUUGUGUACUGUACAACUGUCAAAGAUACUGAAGAAAUCUUCAAGUUGCUGCUCAAAGCUGGAGUUAAAGCUGGUAUUUACCAUGGUCAGAUGUCUAACAGUGCAAGGGAGAAGUCACACAGAUCAUUUAUCAGAGAUGAAUACUACGUGAUGGUUGCUACUAUUGCUUUUGGCAUGGGUAUUGAUAAGCCAGAUAUCAGAUAUGUUAUACAUUACGGAUGUCCCAAAAGUUUGGAAGCAUAUUACCAGGAAAGUGGUCGUUGUGGCCGAGAUGGCGUGGCUUCAGUCUGCUGGCUUUAUUACUCCAGAGGCGACUUUGUAAAAGUUGAUUUUUAUUGUAAAGAAGCAAAAUCAGCCGAUCAAAAACAAUCUAUUUUGGAGGCUUAUGAAGCUGCUAGGCAUUAUUGCUUCCUGACAACCUGUAGAAGAAAAUAUCUCUUGAAGUACUUCGGGCAAGAAAUUAUUUCUGAUAGAUGCGGAAAUUGUGAUAAUUGCACUAGCUCAAAGAAGGAGAACGACAUGGCUAGAGAAGCAUUUCUUCUGAUGGGUUGCAUGCGGUCAUGCAGAGGAAAAUGGGGACUCAAUAUGCCUAUAGAUGUACUUCGUGGUUCUCGGUCGAAGAAAAUUCUAGAAGCUCAACUUGAUAAGCUGCCUUUUCAUGGCCUUGGGAAAGAGAUAACAGCAGACUGGUGGAAAUCCCUUGGGGAUCAAUUGAUCUCAAAUGGUUAUUUGAUUGAAAAAUAUGAUUCCAUGUACAGAAAUGUAAGCUUGACUGCAAAGGGGUUACAGUUUCUGAGCUCAUGCAGACCUGAUUAUCAGCCACCAUUGUAUCUGCCAAUUGCGUCUGAAACGAUUUCUGAUGUGGAAAUUAAAAAUCCGAGCAGUGUGGUAUCAGCCGGAUGCGAAGGAAUGUCUCAGGCUGAGCAGCAACUCUAUAAAUUGCUCUUGGAUGAGAGAAUGAAGCUUGCAAGAGGCAGUGGGACUGCCCCAUAUGCAAUUUGUGGUGAUGAAACGGUGAGGAGAAUGGCAUUAACAAGGCCAUCAACUAGAGCAAGGCUAGCUAAUAUAGAAGGCGUAAACCAGCAUUUGAUGAAAGUUCAUGGUGAUCAUUUUCUGCAACGGAUCCAGCAGCUAUGCCAAGAACUUUCCAUUUCCUUGGAUAGGGAUCCAGACUCUCAGCCUCCCAUUCAAAAGCAGGUUCUUGGAGUACCAAGAGUGAAAAACCUUACACCUGCGAAGUUUGAAGCUUGGAAAAUGUGGCAAGAAGAAGGCCUUACGAUCCAGAAAAUUGCUAAUUUCCCUGGAAGAUCAGCUCCGAUAAAAGAGCAGACCGUGAUGGAAUAUAUUCUCGAAGCAGCAAGGGAGGGAUGCCAAAUUGACUGGUGCAGAUUCGCCGGAGAGAUUGAGUUGACACAAGAGGCAUACCAAAGCAUUCAGGAUGUUGUGGCAAAAGUUGGAAAAGAAAAGUUAAAGCCCAUAAAGAACGAAUUACCUGAGGAGAUAACUUACGCCCAGAUCAAGGCAUGCUUGACAAUGCAAGAGUUAGGCUCUGCGAACGCUCUUAUGCAGUCUAACAAGGAGGAUGAAAACACGAACAAGUUAAUGGAAGAAGCUACUCCCUCUGAUAACACUCUACAAGGCAAGAGCACAGACGGUUCAGUCAACAUUGUAAGAAAACGCCAAAAAGUGGAUUUGGAGGUAGAAAAUGAAGCUGUUGUGCUUGCAACGAGGAAUUCAAUUGUAAACUGGCUCGAGAAGUUUUCUUCCGGGGUGACUCUAUCUGAGAUUUUGGAGCAUUUCAAUGGGUCCACGGAGGAGUCUGUAGUUGAAUUGCUGAGCAGCCUCGAAGGUGAAUUUGUGAUAUUUAGGAAGAAUGAUUUGUACAUGCUCUUGUAG